UACAUUUUAUUGUUUCGCCGGCAACGUUAUUCCGUAUUCGGUUAAUACUUAAUAGUUCAUCCACUAUUUUACGGGCUUACAUCUUGUAAUUGUAAAUUUUCUCAUUCUUCAACAUAUCUGUCACCACUUCACGAAAUAACUAUUUUUCAGAAAAUAUUAAAUAAUAUUAAUUUGAAAUGUAUCGUUUAUCACAAAUUGCAAAAAACAAUGUUGCUAAACACUUAUCUAGAACCUACGCCAAGGAUAUAAAAUUUGGUGCAGAAGUAAGAAAACUUAUGCUUGAAGGAGUUGAUGUACUUGCUGAUGCUGUAGCAGUUACUAUGGGUCCAAAAGGGCGAAAUGUUAUUUUGGAGCAAAGUUGGGGUUCUCCAAAAAUUACAAAAGAUGGUGUAACAGUAGCUAAAGGUAUUGAACUGCAAGAUAAAUUUCAGAAUAUUGGAGCCAAACUUGUACAAGAUGUAGCCAAUAACACCAAUGACGAAGCAGGUGAUGGUACUACUACAGCUACAGUACUAGCUAGGGCAAUAGCAAAAGAAGGCUUUGAAAAGAUUAUUAAAGGGGCUAACCCAGUUGAAAUAAGAAGAGGCGUUAUGUUGGCGGUUGAUGUUGUAAAACAGCAUUUGGGCACCUUGUCUAAAAAAGUAGAGUCAUCUGAUGAAAUAGCUCAAGUUGCAACUAUUUCUGCUAAUGGUGAUACUAGCAUUGGAAAACUUAUUUCAUCUGCAAUGGAAAAAGUAGGUAAGGAUGGUGUUAUAACUGUUAAAGAUGGGAAAACCUUAGAUGAUGAAUUAGAAGUAAUUGAAGGAUUAAAAUUUGACAGAGGAUAUAUUUCACCAUAUUUCAUUAAUGCUGCCAAAGGUGCCAAAGUGGAAUUUCAAGAUGCUUUGGUAUUGUUCAGCGAAAAAAAGAUUUCAUCUGCACAGUCAUUAAUUCCUGCUUUAGAAUUGGCCAAUGCCCAACGCAAACCCCUUGUGAUUGUAGCUGAAGAUUUGGAUGGUGAAGUAACUGGAAUGCUUGUAUUAAACAGAUUGAAAAUUGGCCUUAAUGUUGCUGCAGUAAAAGCUCCAGGUUUUGGUGAUAACCGCAAGGCAACAUUAACUGAUAUGGCUAUUGCAACUGGUGGUAUUGUAUUUGGACAAGAAGGAAAUGAAUUGAAAAUUGAAGAUAUCAAAGCUGAUGAUUUUGGUGAAGUCAAGGAAGUUGUCAUUACCAAAGAUGAUACAUUACUCCUAAAAGGUAAAGGCAUACAAUCUGAAGUAGAACGUCGUGCUGAACAAAUCAGAGAUCAAAUUAAAGAUACUACAUCCGAGUAUGAAAAAGAGAAAUUGCAAGAACGUCUUGCUAGGUUAGCUUCUGGUGUAGCUGUCCUAAAAAUUGGUGGUAGUAGUGAAGUGGAAGUUAACGAAAAAAAAGAUCGUGUAAACGAUGCUUUAAAUGCAACUCGUGCUGCAGUUGAAGAAGGUAUUGUUCCUGGAGGUGGAACUGCUCUCAUCCGUUGUUCUAGUGUUUUGGACAGUAUUAAGGUGUCUAAUGAUGAUCAAAAAAUUGGGGUUGAAAUUAUACGCAAAGCUUUAACUAUGCCAUGCAUGACAAUUGCCCGAAAUGCAGGUGUAGACGGAAGUGUAGUAGUCGCUAAAGUUUUAGAAGGCAAAGAUAACUUUGGUUAUGAUGCUAUGAAUGACGAGUAUGUUAACAUGAUCGAUAAAGGAAUUAUCGAUCCCACAAAAGUUGUCAGAACAGCUUUGACUGAUGCCUCUGGUGUAGCCUCCCUUUUAACCACAGCAGAAGCAGUAGUCGUAGAAUUACCGAAAAAGGAUGAGCCAUUACCAGGAGGUGGUAUGGGUGGAAUGGGUGGUAUGGGCGGAAUGGGAGGAAUGGGAGGCAUGAUGUAAGAAGAAUACAUGCCAAGCAACCAAGACUGACAUUUAUUUUUCUACUGUAGUUUUUAUAUUGUUUUCAAUGUUGUAUUUUAUAAGAAUCAAAUUUAUUAGUGAAAAAAACUAUUGCUUUUUAUAUACAUUAUAAAUAAAAAUAUAUUUACAGUUUUAGAAUUUAUAUUGUGAAUGGAAUACAUGUUCCAUUAGGUCAUGUACUAGACAUUAUCUAUUGCAUAGAUAUUUAGAUACAAAUUGUACAAAUUGUUUUUAAGGGCAUCUACUUCAUUCCAACAAUGAAAAAGUAAUUGUUUUAUUCCCACAAUUUAUUGUCAUUAAAAUAAAACAUUACUAUCGAUAGUUCAA